AUGGCCACAGCAAGAUUUAGCAAAUCAGUGCCUGAGCAAGCGCCGUUUCCCCAGACUGCCGUUGACCUAUGCUGGGAGCCAAAUACUCUGCAAUUAACUUUUAAGGCCUUUGAGGAGCGUAGCUUCUAUUUCGACCCCAAACAACGUAUCAACGAUGACAUUUGGAUGUAUGAAGUGAUGGAAGCUUUUAUCCACCAUGGUCGAGAUGAUCCGCAAACCUACCUCGAGUUCGAAGUGAACCCAAACAAUGUCACCUACCAGGCAUUUGUCUAUAAUCCAAGCAAGGUGCGCAAGCAGGGCGCGCCGUUUGACCACUUCUUCAUCACCGACCCAAUUGUCGACGGCAUUAUAGCAUCUACAGAUCUGGACCGCAAGGCGCAGCUCUGGGUCUCGAAGGCACAAAUUCCUCUAGCCUUGUUCAAUGUCGAAAGCCCCCGUGAUACUUGGUGGCGGAUGAAUUUCUUUCGCACUGUCACUUCGCGGGAGACAUUGCCAAAUCAGCAGCUGGGUGCCUGGAGCUCCCCCGAUAAAGCCAAUUUUCACAUCACACCGUUCUUUAGCGACGUUCAUCUUGUGUAA